CUUCCAUCGCCAGGUUCGCCCAACCGUCGCUUCUCCAGCUAGGCCAGUCCUUCUGUGUUUGCUUAUCGUCUCUAUUUCUUCCAAAGCAACAAUCAGUCAUGGCUAGCGAGGAAAGACCUUUGGGCGUGACGCCGCCCAUCUCCACUGCUCUUCCCACUGAGGCGGAAAUCCAAGCUAAGGAAACGCUCUUGCAAGAGUUGAGGAAGCAGAAUACCUUCGAGAGCGCUGCGGAUACCGCAAAGAGAGAGGAUGUUCUCGAACAUCUCCAGCUGAUAUGCGACGAGUUCGUGAAACGAGUGGCCCGGAAGAGGGAGGCAGGCAACGAAGCUCUCAUCAGAGAUGCCAGGGGAAAGAUCUUCACAUAUGGCAGUUAUCGUUUGGGCGUCUUUGGUCCUGGCUCCGAUAUCGACACGCUCGUCGUCGCCCCGAAAUACGUUACCCGCGCCGACUACUUCGAAAUCUUCCCCAACCUGCUGAAGGAAAUGGCGCCUCCUGGUUCAAUUACAGACAUGGCUGUCGUAGCCGAUGCCUUCGUUCCGAUUAUCAAAUUCGAGUUUUCCGGCAUCAGCAUCGACCUGAUCUUCUCUCGCAUUGCCAUGCUAAAGCAAUUAAACAAGGAGUUCAGUGUUCAGGACUCCAGCCUGCUUCGAGGGCUGGACGAGGCGGAGCUGCGAUCGCUUAAUGGCACACGAGUCACAGACGAGAUUCUCAGCUUGGUUCCCGAGAAAACCACCUUCAAGUUGGCCUUGCGUGCUAUCAAGCUCUGGGCACAGCGCCGGGCCAUCUACGCCAACAUCAUGGGAUUUCCUGGUGGCGUGGCUUGGGCUAUGCUGGUUGCCCGCGUCUGCCAACUAUACCCCAAAGCCGCAAGCUCUGUAAUUGUCAACAAAUUCUUCCACAUCAUGCGCCGCUGGCCAUGGCCACAGCCUGUCCUUCUGAAGCACGUGGAACCCGGCCCGUUGCAGGUCCGCGUUUGGAACCCCAAGUUGUACAAGGGAGAUCAGUUCCAUCUCAUGCCCGUCAUCACCCCCGCCUACCCUUCCAUGUGCGCCACUUACAACAUUACCCGGUCAGCAAUGACUGUCAUCUCGCAAGAGCUCUCCAGAGGGUGCGACAUUACCGACAACAUUAUGAUGGGCAAAAGCCCCUGGAGCGAUCUGUUUGUCAAGCAUACCUUCUUCACCAAGGGAUACAAGUACUACAUCUCAGUCAUCACUGCCAGCACAGACAAGGAAGCACACAAGAUCUGGUCAGGCUAUGUGGAAUCCAAGGUCCGUGUUUUGGUUCAAGGCUUGGAACAGCACGCAUCGAUAGCUUUGGCCCAUGCAUUCAACAAAGGUUACGAGCGUCGGCACAGAUGUGCGAACGAGGGAGAAGUUUCCCAGGUUCAAGCUGGAAGUUUCUCGUUCCUAGCAAAGGACAGCGACAUCAAACAAGAGGACAUCAAGGAAGAGGUCAAGGAGGAGGUCAAGACAGGGGUCAAAGUGGAAACGGUUGACACGAAACCCGAAUUGGGAAGCAUCCCAGGGCUCAAGACGGAAUCCAAUGACAUACCUGGGCUUAAGACUGAAGAUGAGACACAGCCAGGAGUGAAGAUGGAAGGAAUCAAGCCGGAAGGCGAUGAGUCCAAUGCUCUCAGUCAGAUACCGAAGCAUAACCCUUACACCGACGUCUUCACCACCACGCACUACAUCGGGCUGACCCUCAGCGACGGCGCGAAAUCACUUGAUCUGUCUUAUCAGGUCGAGAACUUCAAAGCUCUAUGUACGCAGUGGGAGAAGUAUGAUGCGACUCUCAACUCGUUGAAUGUCCAGCAUGUGCGGAGCUUCAACCUUCCCGACGACGUCUUUGAUCCCAACGAAACGAAGCCUCAGAAGCCUCAGAAGAAGCGUGUCAACCCGAACAUCAAUCCGAACGCCAACCCGAAUGCGAAUGGCGCAGCACAGAUUAAAAAGAGGAGUGCUUCAGAGGAAAACCAAGAACCACCCGCCAAGCGCCAGCAAGCUUCCGUCACGGCUGCCGGUUGAGUAUGGACUUUGGACGCAAGCGUACCAUACCAUCAUGCUCGACCCUAAUUAAGAGUCAUGUCUUACUGCGUCAGCAUUGGUAGCAUCUUUUGCCUCUGAUCCACUGACCAAUAGGCCAAUUCACUUCUUCAAGUUUGACGUUCUCUAACGCGGACUGUCUCGUACCGUACCGAAAACUGGAUAACACACCCAGAGAGAGAAAGCGAAAUAGACCAAAAAAAGAAAAGGGGGGCGGAUGGGGAAAGAAAGA